AUGCCGGCACUUGUGAUUGGCGUCGUCAUUGCGAAUUUGGCUACUCUGUCCUGGGCAGAGUUGGGAGAGCCGGUGGUGUAUGUGGAUGAUGUGGGCAACUUGUUUGUGAACGGUUCGGGUGGGGCGGCUCGGGUGUAUGUGAACGGGAUCGACUUGGCGGCCCUCGUGGCCGAGCAGGAGGUGCUGGCGGCUAGUCAGGCUAGCCUGCUCGCAGCCCAAACCAGUGCUUUGGCGACGCAAGCCAGUCUGCUGGCCCAGCUGCAGCACCGUCUUCCAGAUUUUGACGCUCGGUUGCUGGCCAUUGGUGGGUAUACCAACGAGAGCCUGGACUUGGUCCAUGCCUUUAAUGGUACGGAUUGGUCACCGGACCCCGCGCUGCCAAGCCCACUCCACGGGCACAGUGCCAUUGCCUUUCGUGACCAGGUGUACGUGGUCGGUGGUUACAACACGGUGUAUGUCCCCGACGUGUAUCGCCGCCUCGACAAUUCGUCUUGGAUAGCUGCUGCCCCCUUGCAUACGGCGCGCGGCUACUUGGCCACGGUUGUCUUUCACAACGAACUGUACGCUUUGGGUGGUGAUGGUGGAAAUACCAUCUUGUCCAGCGUUGAAAUUUACAAUGGUACCGCCUGGCGCUCUGGGCCAGCCCUGCUAGACCCGCGUGCUGACCUAGCGGCUGUCUCGUACCAAGGAGAAAUUGUGGUUUUGGGCGGCACGGAAAGUCGGGCUCCGCCUCAGGUCACCGGCUCGGUCAUGGCGUUUAACGGCACUGCCUGGCGUUACAUUGCGCCCCUGACGCAACCCCGCCGGGCCAUGGUGGCUGCUGUUUUCAUGGACCAUAUUUAUGUGGCGGGCGGCAUUGAAGCGGCUGCCUUGGCUUCGGUGGAGAUGUUCAACGGCACCGCCUGGUCAUUCGGGCUGGCUCUCCCCACUGCCCGUCACACCAUGUCCGGUGCCGUCUUCCAAGACCAACUUUACAUUGCUGCAGGGAAAGGCAACGUCGACAUGGCAGAUGUUCUGGCCCUCGACGGUCACAACAAGGCCUGGAUCACCGCCCCGCCCCUGCCUGUGGCCUGCCAGGCGCUUGCCCUCGUCGUCAUUUAA